AUGGAGUUGCUCACCAUCUUCGCCGUACUGGCUGUCGUGCUCCCGUCACUUUACAUAUACACCGCCUCUGUGGUCUCGACGCGGUUUCCAAAGUUGGAGAACAAGAGCAUCUGUCUUCUGAUUGCGCACCCGGACGAUGAGGCCAUGUUCUUUGCCCCCACAGUUCUCGCCCUUACGCGGCCUGAAAUUGGCAACCAUGUCAAGAUUCUCUGCUUGAGUAGUGGUGAUGCGGAUGGCUUGGGGGAGACCCGAAAGAAAGAGCUGGCCAAAUCUGGUGUGGUCCUCGGCUUGCGGUCCACCAGUGAUGUUUUUGUGGUCGAGAAGCCCGAGUUCCGCGACAGCAUGACCACGACCUGGGAUGCGGGCAAGAUCUCGGACCUCCUUGUUUCUGCCUUUGCGCCUCAACUGAACAAGUCAAAGGGUGCCUCAUCGCCCCCCACAGCCUCCAUAGAUGUGCUCAUUACCUUUGACGCCGGUGGUGUGUCAAGCCAUCCCAACCAUAUCUCGCUGUAUCAUGGCGCCAAAGAGUUUGUCGGUGCCCUCGUGGCUGGCAAGGCGGGAUGGGCAUCCCCCGUCGAUCUUUAUACUUUGACAACCGUCCCAAUAGCCCGCAAAUACUCUGCUUUUCUCGACGUCCUCCCCACCCUACUGAGCUGGGCAAUUGGUGCCGGCAAGAGGGAUAAAAAGCACCCCGGUGGGCUCGUGUUUCUCAAUGGUUUGGCUGGUCAUGGUAGCUUCACAACGGCGUGGAAAGCCAUGACCACGGCGCACAAGAGUCAGAUGGUGUGGUUCCGUUACGGCUGGAUCAUUCUGAGCAGGUACAUGUACAUCAAUGAUCUCCGGCUGGAAAAGAUCAAGAGAAAAUAA